AUGUGGAGCGGCCAGUUUGACUCUUCGUCGUCUGAAGAAGGCGACGACGGCCACGACGAUGACACACCUUUUCAGAUUUCCUGGGUUCCUUUGUCUGAAGUGGGCUCUUCCCAGUUUGUGGGCAUCUGUUCCCUUCCAGGUUGCAGGUUCAAAGACAUCCGCAGGAGUUUGCAUAAAGACGUCGAAGAGCUGCGCAAUCAGGGCGUACAGGACGUGUUUGUGCUGUGCACGCGCGGCGAGCUUUCAAAGUACCGCGUGCCCUCGCUUCUGGAGGUCUACCAGCAGAAGGGCCUCAUCGUACAUCACAUGCCAUUCCCCGAUGGGGAGGCGCCCCAGCUGGAGCUGUGUGCACGCAUCCUGGACCAGCUGCAGCACAGCCUGGAGGCCGACCGCAGGACUCUCAUCCACUGCUAUGGAGGUCUGGGCCGGUCUGCAUUAAUCACCGCCUGCCUGCUCAUCCAGCUUUCCAUCACCAUGACGGCCAACCAAGCCAUCGAUAUUUUGCGGGAGCACCGAGGACAUGGAGCUAUUCAAACCGUCAAACAAUACAACUUUCUGCAUGAGUUCCGAGAAAGAUACAGCACCUACCAAGAAAGCAGUGACGUUGACAUGGAGCGCUCAGUUUCUCGAUGA